AGUUUGCUGAAAACUCUUUGUGAAUUAAACUGUUUGCGGCUGUUCGAACCUCCGUCUGAGCGCUGUGCGGUUGGGCGGAUCGGUACAGGUGUAGCAGGUGUUUCUGUAAAGGGGGUUUUACUGUGACAAGCUGGGCGGGUCGCUAGUUCCGCUCCGCCAUCGCAGCGCAGACUGAGCGGCAGAGUUUAACAAGAAAAACACACUUUAGAGUUAAAAAUCUGCGCAGAUCUGAAAGAUCGCGGUUCUGAUUUCACUCACUGAGCUCUGUUUUCAGCUCGGCGAGGCUGUGAAACCCGGAGAGGCGGAGAGACCUGAAGACUUCUGCGGAGUGUCUGCUGCUGAGUCGGUGAGUGAAGCGCGGUAGCUCCGUUCGUGUGCGUGUGUGUUUCCCUGUCAUGUCUGAUAACGGUGAGCUGGAGGAUAAGCCCCCCGCCCCCCCAGUCAGGAUGAGCAGCACAGGCAGUAAAGACGGAGUUCCCACCAAUCACAGCUCGAAGCCCCUCCCCUCCGUACCCGAGGAGAAGAAGCCCUCUCGCAACAAAAUCAUCUCCAUCUUCUCUGAGAAAGGAGGAAGAAAGAAGGAUAAAGAUAAAGAACGGCCUGAGAUUUCUCCUCCGUCAGACUUCGAACACACCAUUCACGUUGGUUUCGAUGCUGUUACGGGAGAAUUCACCGGUAUGCCGGAGCAGUGGGCUCGACUCCUGCAGACCUCCAACAUCACCAAAUCUGAGCAGAAGAAGAAUCCUCAGGCUGUGCUGGACGUCCUCAAAUUCUAUGAUUCAACGGGCAACGGCAAGCAGAAAUACCUCAGCUUUACAGAUAAAGACGCCCCACCAGCGAAGAAAGGUUCAGAGCCAUCGCCCCCCAGUACCAAGGACUCUGAUGACCUUGAUGACGAUGACGCCCCUCCACCUGUAGUAGCACCUCGCCCUGAACACACCAAAUCUAUCCUGACUCGUCCCUCCAUGAUCGACCCCCUGCCCCCACCCGCCGCCACCGGGGACUCGGACACCUCCAGAGCCGCAGACCGGCAGAAGAAGGGCAAGGGCAAGAUGACUGAUGAGGAGAUUAUGGAGAAACUGAGAACAAUAGUGAGUAUCGGAGACCCUAAGAAGAAAUACACGCGAUAUGAGAAGAUUGGACAGGGUGCGUCUGGUACUGUGUUUACUGCCAUCGAUGUUGCCACAGGGCAAGAGGUGGCCAUAAAGCAGAUUAACCUGCAGAAGCAGCCGAAGAAGGAGUUGAUCAUUAAUGAGAUUUUGGUGAUGAAGGAGCUCAAAAACCCCAACAUCGUUAACUUCUUAGACAGUUUCCUGGUUGGUGAGGAGUUGUUUGUGGUGAUGGAGUAUUUAGCUGGAGGUUCUCUGACAGACGUGGUGACAGAAACGUGUAUGGACGAGGCCCAAAUCGCUGCUGUGUGCAGAGAGUGCCUGCAGGCUCUGGAGUUCCUGCACGCUAACCAGGUCAUCCACCGAGACAUCAAGAGUGACAACGUGCUGCUGGGCAUGGACGGCUCGGUCAAACUGACGGAUUUUGGCUUCUGCGCUCAGAUCACUCCAGAGCAGAGUAAACGCAGCACCAUGGUGGGCACCCCCUACUGGAUGGCCCCUGAAGUGGUCACGCGUAAAGCUUACGGCCCCAAAGUGGACAUCUGGUCCCUGGGCAUCAUGGCUAUAGAGAUGGUGGAGGGAGAACCUCCGUAUCUCAACGAGAAUCCUCUGAGGGCAUUGUACCUCAUUGCCACUAACGGCACUCCUGAGCUGCAGAACCCGGAGAAACUUUCUCCAGUUUUCAGAGACUUCCUGAACCGCUGCUUGGAGAUGGACGUGGAGAAAAGAGGCGGCAGUAAAGAGCUCCUACAGCAUCCUUUCCUGAAACUAGCCAAGCCUCUGUCCAGCCUCACUCCACUUAUACUUGCUGCCAAGGAGGCCAUGAAGAGCAGCCGUUAGCAGUGGAAACGGCGUGCCAGCGUGUGCCAGUGCUGUGCCAGCAUGUGCCCACAGUGCCACAACGCCCCGCCCCCUUCUUGCUGCCGGUCCCUGUGUGGACCUUUCCCACUCCAAACCGCUGAACAGAGCCACAGCGCCCGGAUCAGUGGACAUCAGCGGCUCUGCCCAGAGUGGCUGACCUGCACAAUCAGCACCUCACCCCCCAAACCCUGCCCCAAAGCUCCACCCAAACCCUGCCCCAAAACUCCAUUCGAACCCUGCCCCAAAAGUUCCCCCAACCGAAACCCUGCCCCAAAAGUCCUCCCGAACCCUGCCCCAAAACUCCACCCGAACCCGAACCCUGCCCCAAAACUCCACCCGAACCCGAACCCUGCCCCAAAACUCCACCAAAAAAACUACAUUCGAACCCAAAUCCUGCCCCAAAAUACUAACAAAACACACAUCUUGCUCCAAAAGUCCACCCAAACCUCCAUGAAAAACCAAACCCCGCUCCGCAGCUCCACCCAAAACCCCACUCCAAAACUCUGCCCCAAAACUCCACCCAAGCCCAAACCCUGAUCCAAACCUCAUCCUUGAAACUCAGCCCAAACCCCGCCCCCAAACUCCACCCUCAAUCCUUGCACCUUAAAACCCAAAAAACUCCCAAACACCCCAAACUUUGCCAGAUAUUGCUACACAGAGCCCUGCAUCCAAAACCCAAACCCAAAGCUACAUCUCCAGCCCUGCCCCGUGCCAAACUCUCAGUGUUCGGCUCCAUCACGAGCCCAUAAAACACCAGAGCCACAAACAAAACCACGAACUGUAACGUUUGUCUAGAUUUUUCUAGUAACUUGUUUUUGUCUUUAUUUUUGUUUUGUUUUUUUUUUUGUUGUUUUUUUUUAUAAGCGGUUAUCACUGUGGCCUUGGUUUCAUCAGACUACCUGACCGGUCAGUGACAUUUAUCGAUUGAAAAUCACUGUUAUCCCCUUUUUCAGAUUAGCAUUGAUACUUGAAAUCUCAUAUCUUGGCCCCUUAAAGCCCCAAACGACCAGUCACUCGUGCCUACUGCCCGUCUGCCUUACCCUCGUCUCCAAAUAUGUAACUCAAUGGAAAGUGUUUGCUGUAUGAAAAAAAGAAUUAUUUCUUUCUUUGAUUAAAAGUUUAGAUUUUUUUGUUUUAGGAAAAACCUAAUAAGUUGAAAGUGUAUUAAAUCGUUUUGUAUAUUAUGUACUUCAGUAGCAAACCUAAAUGGAAAAAACAAACAAACCGGAAUCGGGACAUUUUUGACUAGCUGUUUUAUAUUUAUGGAUAUGUAUACUAUAUUUUAUAUUUUAACUAACAAUCUGACAAAGUACUGCAAGUUAAUGUAUUUUCAAUUGUUGUCUUAGAAAUAAUAAUUUGCUGUAUUUCUUUGUAUGUGAAAUCUAACUUGUUUUUCAAGUGAAACUACAUUUCAGUGAAAACCUUUUUGUAGAAGACAUUCCAGAGACGUCAGCAUUACACUUCUGGUCUUCCCCCUGCACGAGAAAUAAAACAGUGUUUUUUUUAAAUGAUGAAACCAAUUUAAAACAUUCUUUGUAAAUUAUUAAAAUAGACUUGGUU